GCACGCUGGUGCUGCACCUCUGAGCCCUGUCACCCCUCUCCGCAUGGCCACAGAGCAGGUGAGGGGACAGCAUGGCCCAGACCCGCCCCCCGGACCCCGGAAGCCCCCUGUGGGGGUCAUGGCUUCCAGUAGCGGUGCUGAGGGGCUCCCCUUGACCAGGAGGAGGAGCAGCAAGAGGGCGAAGGGACUCCGAGGGUCCCGGAAGGGCACUGGCAGCUCUGGGGAGCAGACCCUCACGCAGGGCCCCAAGGCCCUGGGGAGCAGCAAGAACCCCUCCGGGACUGGAGACGGGCAGGAGGGGCCAGCCUCUCGUCGCCAGUCCCACCGGCAUCGUCCUGCCCCCCAGCACGAUCCUGCUCAGAGGACAUACGGGCCCCUGCUCAACCGCAUCUUUGGGAAGGACCGCGAGCUGGGCCCCGAGGAGCUGGAUGAGCUUCAGGCUGCCUUCGAGGAGUUUGACACGGACAGCGAUGGCUACAUCGGCUACCGGGACCUGGGCGAGUGCAUGCGGACACUGGGCUACAUGCCCACGGAGAUGGAGCUCAUCGAGGUCUCCCAGCAUGUCAAGAUGCGAAUGGGUGGCCGCGUGGACUUCGAGGAGUUUGUGGAGAUGAUGGGCCCGAAGCUGAGGGAGGAGACGGCGCACAUGCUGGGGAUGCGGGAGCUGCGCAUCGCCUUCCGCGAGUUUGACAGGGACAGGGAUGGGCGAAUCACGGUGGCAGAGCUGCGACAGGCAGCACCGGUUCUGCUGGGGGAGCCACUGGUGGGUCCUGAGCUGGACGAGAUGCUCCGAGAAGUGGACCUCAAUGGGGACGGCACCGUAGACUUCGAUGAGUUUGUGAUGAUGCUUUCUACCCACUGAGGCUGCAGGAGGGAGACUGCUGCCCCUCUGGCCCCAGACGCCAGCAAGGUUCACGCUGCACACCCGCCCUACAAGGCCCCAGGAUGAAAGAAACCCAGCAGCCCCAGCCUUCUGCUCCUGAUAACCUCUGGCUGGAGAGUUGGCUUGUGAUGUCACCUGCCCACCCUCAUCCUCACCUCCCUUCCACCCGAGCUGCCUGGAGGAAACCUGCCCUCAACCGCCCAUCAUUCCCCGGUGUGAGCAAGAUUUGAAUCUCUCCAGCCCCUUGGGAGGUAGGGAGCUCCCCGGCACCGGCAGCAUUCAAAGACGGGGCAGUGUAGGGGUUAGUUCUGGUAACAUGGUGAAUUGAGAA